GUCGAAAGACGUUGUACAUUGUAGCAUCUGAUAUCUGGGAACAAAAAUGGUCUUGUUCCUGGCGGUGUAGUUGUAGAUUUGCUGCGAGCGGGACCGCUAGUGCCCGCACCCCGCCAACCCGUCGGUCGAGGAGGUAAGCUGUAGGGACUUCGGGAGCACUGUAUUUACGAAGCCUUCGGGAUAUUCCGCUUCCGCCAACUUGACGCAGCUCCUACGACUUGUGAUAGGAGAAACAUACACAUUAGCUAUUUAUACAACGUGAAAUUAUUCAAAAUGUCUUCCAGUCAAGGGACCAUUGCCUCCUUUAUUAAGGAUGCCCCUCCAGGCGAGCUGUCGAAUGUUGUUACCGACAUAAAAGCUCUGAUCGGAGAUCAGUCCGAUACCACUCAGACUCUCGACCCCGCUUGCCAGCAGUACAAUGAAGAACAACUUGCAGCCGUCAAGCUUCCCGGCAGCAGUCAGGAUGUCAUAAUAAGCCCUUACAAUUCUCUCGGCAAUGGUAGAUAUUUUGAUGUGGAGUCCCAGACUUCGUUCCUUGUGGAUCACUCCACCAAAAAGUCCUCCGCUGUAGAGUCGUACGUGCUGGAAUCCCAGCAUGCCGAUCUUGUCAAAUCAACCCUCAAGGCAUUGGCCGCUCACGCCCAGGAGCAUUAUCCGAGCUCAUCGUACGGUGCCUACCCCACAAACUCUGAUAGCGCAAUCGCGGUGGUUCUAGUUGCGAAUAAAUAUAGCCCCAACAACUUCUGGAAUGGACGUUGGCGAUCUAUCUAUACGUUUACACCAGGAAGUGGCGAGCUAGAAGGAAACAUCAAGGUUGAUGUGCAUUAUUAUGAAGACGGCAAUGUGCGGCUUCUCACUGAUAGGCCCAUCACCUCAUCCAUUAGCUCUUCGGCUACGGGCCCAGAAGUUAUCCGACAGAUUGCCAGUCUUGAGAAGAAAUACCAAGAGGAACUGAACAGGGCAUUCAGCAACCUGAGCGAGGGGGCAUUCAAGAGCCUUAGAAGGCAACUACCCAUCACCCGGCAGAAGAUUGAAUGGGAGAAAAUCAGCGGCUACAGGUUGGGUCAAGAUAUCGGCGGUGGUAGGCCUCGAUAGAUGGAAAGUCUUCUUCAGGUGUCCUUCUCGACAAGUUUGACAGAUAGC